AUGGAUUUUGUUACCACGUCUACUGCCCCACGCUCAGAAUUACGGCACCUGGGAGACCGACCCAAGAUGACUACCGGGGGACAGAGAACGGCAAACCUAAUUCACUAUACGCUUCAAUCCUAUUCGCAGAGGCUGCUGCACCAAACCGAGAUGCCACCCUUCAUUCAUCCUUAUUCCACAUCUGCCGCUGAAGGUGGGGAAACUCGUAUUGGUUCACUGAAUACAUGUGCCAGCCUUCUUCAUGUCCUUCAUUGUGGAGUUCCAGGAAGCCCAGCUCUGUUUUGGAGGAAUGUGCAGUGCGAAUGCGAGCGUCUACGUAAUGAGGCUCUGUCUAUGAAUAAGUGGGAACUAUUAGCUGCUUUGCAAGCAUUGGCAAUAUAUGUUAUUGAAAGACUAAAUACAGAUGGAACAGGGUACGAGACUCUGGAUCCUCUACUGAUUAGAACAGUGACCGAUUUGGCUCAACAAUAUUCCGCUGUCGAUAUCAGCGUCGACUUAGAUCCCGAAAGGCUAUGGUGUGACUGGAUUUUCAACGAGUCUACUCAUAGAGUGAUAGAUAUGCUGGUGCACUUUGAGCCAGCAGCCAUGUGCCCUUUUUACAACACAGGCCUCGUCAUUGCGCCACUACCAGCAAGGAAACAACUUUGGAAGGCCGACAAUGCCAGCACCUGGCAUAGGGAGAGGGAAUUAGGAGCCGGUGUGCAAACGUCCUUUGCAUUGUUUGCCAAUGGUGAGCUGGUCAAUAUGGCACAAGCGCCGUUGCGUGUUCCCGACUGGAGAAGAGAUAGGGAGCUGUUGAAUGCAGAGUCCCAGCCAGGUAAUGCCGCAAAUUGGAACGAGUGGUGUUCAGGCAUGGAUGAGUUUGGCAGCCUCGUGAUGCUUGCUGCUUCGUCUAUAGAGAUGUGCUCACCAACAACCUGA